UCGCUAUGGCGCCUGUGGCUGCUCUUCGUUUGCAUCCCGGCGUCUUGAUUCAUGCCGCGGGAGCUGCCGCUCCAUCAGUGAAGCCCGGCCGCGGCGCAUUUGGAGCUGGGGAGCGCAAAUGCGGGAGGGUGUUCUCGCAGGGGCGGGAUUCCGGGAAUGGAUACUUCAGGGCCAGGGCCGAGAUCCAAAGCUCGGAAUCGCUCACGGGUGUUGUGUUCCAGCCCUUUGCCGAGGUCCAGGAAGCCCUGUCGGAGGUCUCCUUGUCCAAAUCGGUGUCGCUCGCGCGCCAGCGCUUCUCUCAAGCCUGUGAAGCUGCUAUCAACGAUCAAAUCAACGUUGAGUACAAUGUCUCUUACAUCUACCAUGCGUUGUUUGCGUACUUCGAUCGGGACAACGUUGGGCUUCCAGGCAUGGCAAAGUACUUUAAGAAUGCUAGUGAAGAGGAGAGGGAGCACGCCGAGACUUUGAUGAAGUACCAGAACUUGCGAGGUGGAAGGGUGAAGCUACAAACAAUACUACCGCCCGAGAUGGAGUUUGACAACGCAGAGAAAGGAGAUGCUCUAUAUGCUAUGGAGCUCGCACUAGCUCUGGAAAAGCUCACGAACGAGAAACUUCUGGCCUUACACAGAGUUGCAAGUGAGAAUGACGACCCCCAAAUGGCCGACUUCGUCGAGAGCAGCUUCCUCACCGAGCAAGUGGAGAGCAUAAAAAAAAUCUCGGAGUACGUGAGCCAGCUCCGAAGAACAGGCCAAGGACAUGGGGUGUACCACUUUGAUCUCCAUCUCCAAAAUGUCGACAUAGAAGAGACAGUGUAGAAGAGGCGCAUUAGUGAUGACGUGGCACUAUGAUGACGUGAAAGGAAUAAAACCGGAACCAAAUUUCUAGGGUUA